UCCACCGAAUGAACGUCACGUCACGCCACGCAGGAGGCAGCGCGAGCGCAGGACGGCGCCUUCACGCUCCGCUUCUCCCGCGCUGCUCUCUCUCUUUUUUUUUUUCUUCGCCGGCUCUUAUUAAAGAGUCAUGAAUAACGAUUAUUCCGGGGGCAGGAGCUCAGCGACGGCAUGCACACACACAUACACACUCUCUCUCUCUGUCUCUCUCACACACACUCCCGAGUCCAAAAACACCGGAUGAGGAAGAAGGAUAAGUAAGGCUCGUGGAGCUCGAGGCGCGGUACCGAGUAGGAGAGUCGGACAGCGCGGUGAAACAUCAGCGGAUCUGCUCGCGCACACGCGCGCACUUUUCUUUUUUUUUUCUUUCUUUCUUUUUUUUUUUAUUUUUUUAUCAGCGUAUCCGAUCUUCCCCGAAGUCCGGGUCGGUGUGUGUGUGUUGGUGUGUGUGUAUGUGUAGAGUGUGUGUGUAUGUGUGUGUGUGGGAAUAGAUUCUAAAUUCCAGAUGUUAGUGCACACUUACUCAGCCACGGACCGCCAUGACGGCGUACCGGGCCACAGCUCGAGACUCUCCCAGCUCGGCUCGGUGUCUCAGGCUCCGUACUCCAGCGCGCCGCCGCUCUCGCACGCGCCCUCCUCGGACUUCCAGCCGCCGUACUUCCCGCCGCCGUACCAGCCGCUGCCGUACCCACAGAGCCAGGACCCGUACUCACACGUGAACGACCCCUACGCGCUGAACGCCCUGCACCAGCCGCACCAGCAGCACCCGUGGGGCUCGCGCCAGCGGCAGGACGUCGGCGGGGAGAGCGCGUCCCUGCUGCCGCAGCCGAGAGCGUCUCUUCCGCCGCAACUCUCCGGUCUCGACCCGCGCACCCGGGAUUAUUCCUCCUCCGUGCGCCGACCGGACAUCCUGCUGCACUCGGCGCCGCACGGGCUCGAGGCCGGGAUGGGGGACAGCCUUUCUCUGCAGGGCCUCGCGCACGGCAUGGACGACACGCACGUGAGUUUCCUUGCUGUAGAAGACGCCAAUAACAGUGGAAUGAACAUCUUGGAUCAGUCUGUUAUCAAAAAAGUCCCGAUGCCGCACAAGAGCGUCACGUCUCUGAUGAUGAGUAAAGACGGGCUGAUCGGCGGCGUCAGCGUCAACGUGAACGAGGUGUUCUGCUCGGUACCGGGCCGCUUGUCUCUGCUCAGCUCCACCUCCAAGUACAAGGUGACGGUGGGAGAAGUGCAGCGGAGACUCUCACCUCCCGAGUGCCUCAACGCCUCCCUGCUCGGCGGGGUGCUCCGCAGAGCGAAGUCGAAAAACGGCGGUCGAUCUCUGAGAGAGAAGUUGGAGAAGAUCGGGCUGAAUUUGCCAGCAGGAAGACGCAAAGCUGCCAACGUCACUCUGCUGACGUCACUGGUGGAAGGGGAAGCUGUUCAUUUAGCGCGAGACUUUGGCUACAUCUGUGAAACCGAGUUCCCCACCAAGGCCGUGUCCGAGUACCUCAACCGACAGCACACGGACCCCAACGAGAUCCACGCACGGAAAAACAUGAUGCUCGCAACAAAGCAGUUGUGUAAGGAGUUCACAGACCUCUUGGCGCAGGACCGCACCCCGCUCGGGAACUCUCGUCCAACGCCCAUCCUGGAGCCUGGUAUCCAGAGCUGUCUGUCUCACUUCAGCUUCAUCACACACGGCUUCGGCUCUCCGGCCAUCUGCGCCGCGCUCACCGCGCUGCAGAACUACCUGACCGAGGCGCUCAAGGGCCUCGACAAGAUGUUCAUCAACAACCAGACCUCCAACCGGCACACUCCGGCCGACGGCUCGAAAGGAGGAGAGAAAGACGAGAAACACAGGAAAUGAGGCACAAUGUCGGGAAAAGAGAAGAGGCUCUAAGAGCGCCACUUAUCAGAUGUGUCCAGAGAUUCUUUGUACUCAAGAUUUAUGAUGUUCUGUUUUACGUUCUUGUGAGGGGGGGAAGGGAAGGGAGGGGCCGACACGUCGACAGAGAGGAAAAGAAAAGAAGGCAAUGUGGAGGAGAGCUGUGAGGAACUUGACUCCACUGUCAUCGUUCAUGCGAAGCAGGCGACAUUUUAAACACGUUUUAUCAUAAAGACAUUAACGACAGACAGAAGCACCUCUGAGAUCGCUGUGGUCUUCACUGUCCAGCUUUCAACCACUGACACUAACGAAAAGGAAAAGAUUUUGUUUAGGACAAUGCUCGGUGACGUUAACGCUAUCUUCCCAGGCUGUCUUGAUUGUGCUGUGUGAAGGCAUGACUUGAGUGUUUAUUUUGAAUUCAGAGUGUUUAAAUGAAACCUUCUCAGCUCCAAACACAGGAUUCAUGAGGACAUGGCUUUUCAGGACCAGAGCAUUAUAUCAGUGUUAGAUUGCACCACUAUAUCUAUAAUCACGGCGUGUGUGAAGUCACAUGACUCUGGGCUGAGCUUAGAACCCUGAACUCACAUUAGCAUCAUCUCACAUAGGACUUCAUACAUAAUCGAACCAGCAGCGGCAACGGUGGCGGCAGCGUCCGGCACAGCUAGGGGUUUACAUCGCGUCCUACACACGCUUUUUCUUUGAAUCAGAAUUCCAGUAAAAGCAGAAUCCUAUGCAAUGAAGGGAAAUCAAUUAGUCCAGAGUUAGAGGUCUUGCUCCAGAACCAGUGGUGGCUUUCCGGGAUCUUGAGCUAUAUACUGCCUCUUCGGAUUUUUUUUUUUGGUGCUCGUUAUCUCAAUUAACAACAUCCUGACACGAAGAAAAACAAACAAAUAGAAACCUAUACACUUCUAUACACUGCAAGUAUCAACAAAAGGUUGGUGUGUGUCCACAAGCCUCUUAAGGAACAAAUAUAAAUAUAGUGAGAUCCAAAAGUUUUACAUUUUUUGGGGGGGGGGGGGAUAUUCAAUAUUGCCCAUUUUGUACAUUUUCCUGCGUGUGCAGCGAGUGACGUCAAAACAACAUGGCGGCUCAAAGCCUCCUUUCAAUCCUGAUACAAAGGGAUCGGAUUUGGAUUUACAGAGAUCGCUAGCUAGCUUUUAGCAAACAAUAAGAAAAUGCAAACCUCCAGGUUUUUGUUUGUUUGUUUGGCCAGUUUUGUUAAAACGUUGUAGCUCCAAAUUCUGAGCUAAGCUAAUUUUUCCUUCUGUGGUUCCGACUAAUGGAUCUAAUGGAUCACCAAAGAGUCGAUGCUAGCUGGAGAUCACUAAACUCGAUCUUUACGCUGUUUUAGUGUGAAUAUUUCAUUAGAAAAGAAACGCAGACUUUUGGACCUCACUGUAUCGAUCCAGUCUCUUCAUGCACAUAUCAAAAAAAAAUAGUUUGACAAAAUUAUUAUUUUUGUUUAAACCGGAAACAGUCAGAGAACUGUCCUGGCAUGAAUACAUGAAAAAGAUCGUUUUUUUUUUAAAUUUUUUAUUCAUGAUGUUUAAAAGAUGCUAACACCGAGCUCCAAUCUGUACCUGAUUUAUUCACAUUAUGGAUCCAUUGUUGGUGGUGUGUCACGUUGUUCAUCCACGCUGAAUCGGUACAUGACUCAUGACUCGAGUCACUCUCAUAUCCAUUUUUUUUCGCACGAGUUGUUUAAUAGGACAAUGUCGAGGUUGUGCUCAACACCGAGGAAAGAUUUUUAUCCAGAAAUGUCUACAAUGUACAUUGAACUUCUUCCCCCUUCUCUUACUUUUACUCUCUUGCUUUCUUGCCUGAAUCCUCGCGAUGUUGUCGAGCAGACCGGAAGUCUCUUCUAAUUUAUGUUUGUAUGUAUAUAUAUUUAAUUUAUACCUAAUUUAUGGAGGAAUUGGAGGGGUUUUUCUUUGUACAUAGGAGCAGCUGGCUCGUCUGUCUGUGACUGUGUCCCUGUGCGUGGGUGAACGCUUGAUUUAUCGAUAGUACCUUGUAUUUUAUUUCCUUUUAUUUCUUUUUUUUAUUUUUAUUUUAUUUUUUUUUGUUGUUGUUUUCUUCUUUGUUCCAUAGGCAACUCGUUAUAUGGUGAAGGGUAGAACUUGGUUCUUUGUCCAGUGAUUUUUCAUUUAUAUACCGAAAUAAGGAAUAAAUCAUGUGUUUUAUUGUAAAAGCUGUCGGCUUGU